AUGUCGAAGGAGGAACGACGAGGGGAGUUUGUUGGGAAAAGAGGGAGGGCAAGAACUACGUCCUCGAUUCUCUUCUCACCUAUUUACGAACCGGCGCCGGGAUCUUGCCGAAGACGAGACUACCGGGCGCCUGACUACCGUCGUAGAAACUUGUCUGAAAUUGCAAGCACCCAUUACGGAUCAUAUAGACCUUCGCCCCGAGAUCCUUCUUGUCCGCGAGGGCCGCACUUAUCCUCGGGAAGCACGCCUACAAUAGGUGGUGCUCAGUCUUCGGACGAAGAUCUCUUGAUUGUGAAAACGCGAGCGCAAACGGAUGCUGAUCUGCCACACAAGGUCACUUGGCCUAUCGUAGCGGCACUCGACGGGUGCGGCGUACCCCCUGAGCUACCGUCCGUGGAUGGUGAAGGAGACGAUUUAAUCGCUCAGGACGAUAAGGACUCAGUCCUCCAGGGCAGGCAGGACUCAGUCCCCCAAUACCAGGAGGAUCUAGUGACCCAGGGAGGUGACGAGGGCGAUGGUGGAGUCCCGGGAGGCGAGGAGGAUUUGGGCCAUUUGAAUAGCGAUCCUGAAACGGACAACAGCAUCAAGACCAACAACGCGCCGACGAUCUUAAUCGGUCUGGUUACCACGGGGGAAGUUACGGGUUGCGAGAGGUGUGCGGAUCCUACCAAUACUUUUUUGUCUCCUGAUUCUAUUGCGAACAGUAGUGGCGGUUCUACAACUCGGUGUGGAAUUUCAGAUGAGGGAGUACUCCUGGCGAGGGAUGGGGUUUGCGACCAUCUGGUUGACGGGGCUAUCUACGAGUGCUUGAUGCAUGCCAAUGCUCAGUCUGCUAACAAAGCUCCUGUCUUGGGCGGUGAGAGCAACGGUGAGACCACCUGUAGCGUAGGAGCGGAACCGAGUGGCCACGGGUCGAAUGGGCAGGAGCUUCUCGCAAAUAGCACUGCCCCUAAUGGGACUGCCCCUAAUGGGAUUGCCCCUAAUGGGAUUGCCCCUAAUGGGAUUGCCCCUAAUGGGAUUGCCCCUCAUGGGAUUGCCCCUAAUGGGACUGCCUCUAAUGGGAUUACCCCCAGUGAGAUUGCGCCUCAGGAGUAUACCCGCAUGAAGUCUUUCCACAAGGAGCCUAUCUCUGACGAGUAUGCCCUUAAGGUGUCUACACCUCCUGCCAAGGAGUCUUCCUACAUGGGGUCUGCCCGAACAGAUUCCACCCACAAAGGCUCUACCGAUAUACUACAGCCAAUCCACGUAGAGUCAUGCGACAAUAUCCUCGAUUCACGAAUUGGGGAUGGGCGAAGUAACAUGGAGGGAAGUCACGACGAGGACGAACAAUCUUUGAAGGCGAAAAAAACAUUGGUUCGAUCUGUAGCUUCAAAUGUGUUUGGGACGGAGCCGACCCGCGGCGUCUUCAAGACUGUGGUCGACGGAGCGGUAAUGGGUAGGAUAUCGCACGAUGACGGGGACAACGAUGAUUCUGACGCGUCUCCUUCAAGCCCGACGUUUCGUAAAAACGUCGGUGGCUUCUUAUCCCCGUCUGCUCAGUCAACCGCGCGAGCGUCUCAUGCACCGUAUGGAUGCCGUGGCUACAUUUCAAGCAAGCCGAUGCAGCACGAAACAUGGGUUCACCCAGGUUGGGCUGAUGAGGGGUUGUCGUCUGCUAAAGGAUUGCAGGACGCAGGCUUGGGGUCCCCGGGGGCCCUGGAAACUCAUGUGGGUGCCCUCUAUUAUUUGAAGAAUGGUUCGCACAGUCCUUUGCAGAAUUGCGCGCAGAAUUGUGAACCGAGUUGUGCGCACAGCUAUUUGGGGCCGGUGCACGGGCACGGUGAAGGAGCACGGAUAGAGGGGUGUCCGCCGGAAUUUCCACAGCAGGAAGUUUCAGUGGUAAAUCGUAGGCCGAAGAAGCGUCCGCUUGUCGGCACUGCGGCGUCUGAGAAGGAGUUCCCGUCCUACGGGGGGACUUGGUCCAAUGCGCCGCAAAUGGAGGCGUGCUCUCCUGGGCCGUCUACGGCUCGAUCAACGACCUGGUCAACGACAACCUCCCCCAGGGAAUACGAGCGGCCAUUAACAUCAGCCGCACUCCCACAAGGAACCUAUUUGUCACCCCCAACUGCCUAUGCUGCGCAGAGUCACAGAGCUCUGCCUCUUUUCUCGUUCUCUCAGACAACCAGCGAACUCGUCCCUGGCGGUGAGGCGCAACGGAAGUCCACAGCGCAGAGCGUGCAUCUAGUUCGUUCAAGGAGCAAGAUGUGCCCCCCCGAUGGCACGCACUCACGGCUGCAAACUGAACCGAUAGGAAGACUGUCCAGCAGCCCCGACCCAGACGCCCGAUUCCUUCGAGAUGCUUCGUUUGUUCGUGAUGCUUCGUUUGUUCGGAAUGCUUCUACCGACCAAGCAGCAUCCAUUCGAAGGGUGGACCUUGGUAGCCCGUUUGCCAGUCCUCAGAUACGCUGGGAGGCAGAUACGCUUGCUCCUCUUCGACCCCUGGCCUCUCCGCAUUUCGACUUGCGAUUCGCUCCAGCAUGCUCUAUGGUGAACACCACCCCGUGCGGUCAAAAACGAGAGUCCUUCAGACCGGAGUCGCUUCGGCCGGAGCCCCACAGACCUGAACCCUUCAGGCCGGAACCCGGAAGGCCGGAGCAAUUUCUCCACGCAAAGCCUGUCAGAGCGUCUCCGCUCUUUCCGGCGAGAUGGGAAGUCGACUGUCAAGAUCUUAUGCGCUCGCCCCUUUCUCCGCCUUCGAACCGGUAUGCUCUUUUGCAACCCCGUUCGCCGAUUGCUCGUGUGCAACCAACCACACAACAAUGUCCUAAUCCCAUAGGUAGGUUAUACCCUCACCUCACCGCUUCCCGGGUAAGACACUCCCCAAACGGUUAUCCCGCCAACCCUUGCCAGUCAAGCCUGCCAAUCAAGCCUUGCCAAUCAAACCUUGCCAAUCAAGCCUUAAACGGCCAUAAGAGAUCUCAGAGGAUGAUGCGGCGCCCCGGAGCGGUGUCGCGAGGAGGCAUGGUUUCUGGCGUGAUGGAGUACGCUCUUUCUUUCACAGGCUCACGGCCGGCAACUCAACGUCCUCAAGCAUAUAUGACUCAAGAAUAUUCGAUGCGGGAGUGUUCCACCAUUUACAUGUCAUCGGAGCAUCUGUCGGCUGCUAGGAUAGUUGACUGGGCAGGCGAGCGCCUGCUAGACCGGUUCAGUGUCGCGAACCGGCUCCGGAAUACUGCCAUUGAAACCCACUACCCACGGAAGCCGAGUAGAUGGCUCGCAACGAUGCAUCUGGGAGAGUCUGUGCAUCUGGGAGAGUCUGUGCAUCUGGGAGAGUCUGUGCAUUAG